UCUCAUAGGUUCCUUUUUCCGGUCUCUUCACCGCGGUUGUGUGGGUCACCUUCCUCGUGUCUGCUGUGUGGUCAGCAUGGAUAAAGUGAAGCCCGUCGUGAAGGCUGCCGACGAGGAAGAAGAGCUGGUCGACCCCCUGGACACCCUUCGGGAAAAGUGCCGCGCCGAGAGCAAGUGCGCCGGCCUCGGGGAGAAGCUGCAGGAAUGCAACGACCGCGUCAACAGCCGGUCUCAGACUCUCGAGACUUGUACGGAAGAGCUGUUCGACUUCUUACACUGCGUCGACCACUGCGCCGCCAAGGACAUCUUUAAACACCUCAAGUGAAGG